GCUAUUCUUUCUCCCACCACUGCUGGUGCAGCAACACUCCAUCAUUUCAGUUGCAGCUCUAUGCACCGGUCCCUCAUGGGAGCGCGUGCAUGGGGAAUUUGUGCAAUUGUGGUAUGCCACCAAGCCAGUAACCAAAGUCGUUGUUGCUCGUAGUGGUCGAACAGAUGAUGGGACAACUGGUACUCCUGAUAGUACUUCUGCGUGGUCGACAUCACAGGUAUCAUCUUCAGACAUUAGUACUGGAGGCAGAAGUGCUGCCUUAGCCUCCUACACCCAACAGCAAGCAGCUUUACGUAUCUUUGAGCAGGAAAGACUGUCGAAAGCCUACGAAGAGAUCGCGCAGAGGGAGGCUGAACAGACUACAGUCGAGCAAGACGGAGAGGCUUCAGCAGCAUCACCAUCACCACCUAGCACACCACCUUCCACAACGGGAUACAAAAACACGGAUGGGCAUUUUUUUCGCUACACAACAAAUAGUGUUCUUGCAGCGUCUACAACUACAACUUCUGUGUCCUCAUCUUCUCGAGACUCCUGGAUCCGCUUCUUCCAAAGUGAGGAGGUUGCUGAGGUCGAGUCCCUAGAAGAUGGAGCUAGUGAGUGCUGGCCUGGCGUGCUUAGCCUGUCUUUAGCUAGGUUACUCUAUACUCCACCAACCUCAGGAGUCGAGCAUGGGGCGGCAAAUGGUGAAAGGAAGGUAGUCCAAAGUCGGGGAGACGAAACAAAGUUUUUCAGAGUGACAAAUCUUCUUGACGCUUUUCGGGAUUACUUCGGCGAAUCUCUACCCUCUCUGCCAUGGGAUCAAGGCCUCAACACUGGAUGGCCAGUUCCGGACCUUCUUUUACGCCUACCUCUAAUGCAUAUCUAUGGGGAUCAUCCCUUUGUAAUUCUCUAGUAUGGUCGUUGCGAUUUGGGAUAUAUGUGAAUGUCUCUAGUAUGGUCGUUGGGAUAUAUGUGAAUGUCGUGAGGGAUUUCCACAGGAAUUGACGGUGAUCAUGAACAAGGAUCAUAACCGAGAUGCACACAUGACAAACAACUCUCGUCUAACUUAUGCGGAAGCAAGUGAGGUACUCGAGCCACUGGACUUGUUCGCUAUCAAAGGACUGGCUUUGGGAGGAGAGUGGAUGCUGGAGCGCAAACUCUCACCGCAUGAACAAUAUGAACAAGAACGACUUGCAACACAUCAGGGCGGCUCGGAGUCGGAACUACGAGCAGGUUAUGUUGACCAAGAAGGAGAUCAUGAACAAGAAGGAGAUCAACAAGCUGCAGAUCCAAUCACUAAGGCAUCGAAAGAAGAGCGAUCCUUCCUCCAAAAGAUCCGUAAAGUAAUCGUUGAACGACAACGUGGCGAAGCGUACUUGCCUGUUGCUGCAGAUCUCGUGAGUGGUUCAAAUAGUGUUGUGAAGCGAGUGAGGACGUCAGGCGUUGGUGCGGAAGCGAUGCAAUUAUUGCUCGAAAAGGGAGAUCGACGCGAUAGGAGCGGAAAACCAUUUUCCAGUACGUCUGCCCGCAUAAGUUUGAUGGCACGUGCUUGCGCGCAUCUAGUCCUUGCUCUGCAAAAUCUCGAUGAUCUGACCACAGUAAGCGAUCGCGUCAAGUCCGCUUCUCUGUUGCUAAAGCGGUUUGUCAACGAGCAUUACGAACACCAAUCGGUGUUGCCGACUCUAGUAGCGAGUGAGACUGGCGGUUUCCCCUUCUGGCGUUUACUAGCUUUGGUUGACCAACGUUGGCCCAGAGUCCGAUCGGAAGCCAUCGUCAUCGUAGGCCGAAUGGACCGACUAGAAAUCCUAUCCUACUACCUGCAAACCCAAUUACGGAUAAACGGUGGCUGCUUGGAUCGUGUCAACUUCGUGGUCCACAACGCAGUGAAAGAGGAAAUAGACUUCAUCCAACAUCUGGUCCGUGAACAUCCUGACCAAUAUCAAGCGCCUGCGGUAUACGGGAAGAAGUUGGCGAAGUUUUACUCGGUGGCGAAUUAUGACAAGAGAUGAGGAGUUGGAUUUUUACUUCCCCGUUCCUCAUGAGUUAAAAAUAAGUACACUGAAGAGUUAGUACCUUAUACUCUUUGAUGUUUUUAGCCACUGCACCAUCAUCUCAAAACAGCCAAGAUACGUGGUCAACAUCCUCUGCUCUUCUAAUUUCCAACCUCUUCGGAAUCUUCCUCACGGCACACGAUUUUCGUGAAGAUUGACGACGACAUCGUCUUCAUGAGCCGCAACGCAGUGAAGGACCUUGUUCUGGAGAAGUUUUUCCGGGACUCGGAAGUUUCUUAAGGGUAGGUUAAAGGUGCUUUUCUUACCGCUUUUUAUGCCUCUCUCCCUUAGGAUGAGAAAGGCAUAAAAAGCGGGGUAAGCAAGCACCAAAAACCUACCUCUAAGUUUCCAUGGUGUCUGCGAAUAUCGUGAAUCACGCGAUUCUCUCCGCAGUCCAUAACGAAUUGGGUGCAGUGCCUGAUGAGUACGGACCUAUUAUUUAUCCGCAAUGGGAAGCAGAGGACGAGAAAAUACUGAAAAUGCAGACACAGGUAUGGACGAGAAAAUACUUACAACUGGAGAUGUUGAUGCACGUUGAUGUAGCGAGUACGUUGAUGUAGCGAGUAUCAUGUUGAUAGUAGAUGAAUAAGAAUCUUCAUCCAGUGUUUGUGUUAUUUACCUCCAAAGAAGCACCUUAUGAUUGUGAUUCAAGAACUACCUGAAGAUUUCUCUUCAUAUGAAACUACUUACUACAUCUGCUCGUCUAUUACUAUUUCUAACCUCCCUCGGCAUGCUAAACGAGUUCGACGAACGCACACGGGCUGUCCAGUCUGCAGCCGAAGAAGAUGAAACCUUUCGAAAAAGUCAAGAAGCGAAGAAAAAGAAGCAACAACAAGGUCUGGAUCAUC